CCCGUCGAUCGAACUCUAGAAGGCGCGGGGUACGAGAUUGUGUUCCUGUAGAUGGCGAGCAUUUGAAAUGUGAAGGUUUUUUUGAAAUUCCUCGCAAAUGGCGGGGUCAAAGGAAAAGAAGGAUUUGUACUUUCUUGUAGAAGGUAUAAAGUAUGAAGAUGUUGCUGAAACAUGUAAUCACUUGAGUUCAGUCAAAUCUAACAAAGGUCUCCAGUGUUUGUCAAUCCAUGACGAAGCGCGACCACUUGGCAGAGAGGUUACGAUUAACAAUCAGAUCCUUGUUCUGUUUAAGUACAGAGGGCUUAUGUAUGCAAUGGAUUCACACUGUCCUCACAUGGGUGGCCCGUUACACCUUGGUGACAUUGAGGAACUAGGCGAAGCAAACRUACCAUGCAUUGUUUGUCCCUGGCACCACUGGAAGUAUGACAUAGACAGUGGUGACAUUAAAUGGCCUAUGCAUGAGAAUGUUAAAGUACCAGUAUACCCUGUCAAGGUUAUGGCUGAUGGUUCACUGUUUGUGGGGUUUGAAAGCAUCUCGUCCGACUAUUUUAACUGUGCCCAGCAUUUUUAAAUGAGUGACGCACCUAACUAUUUUAAGAAUGUUGAAAACAUGUUGAGUGAAACAGGAGAAGUGUGAAUUGCAUGAAAGAUGUUUGAACUGUAUUUUUAGUUGGUUUAUGCACUGGAGUUGAACUUCAACACUAGCAUCAUGGUUUUUAGACAAUCUGAAAAAUACCUUCACACAGAGUAACCAACCAUUACACCAUUAACUCCUGCAUUCAUAAAUUGUACUGACAUUUAGGAUUKUGUAUCACUUCACACCAUCAAUAUGAAGUUUUUAACAUCAAGAUUGAUGAGCAAUGUUACAAUAGAAACUCUGUCCAGUUUUGUGCUAAUAAUUUGUACCUUUGAACACACAUAAUUCAGAUUGUYUGAAAAUCUGGUUAUUUUAAGAUUUUGUACUUGUAAAUUAUUUUUAAUAUAUUGAGUUUGAGAGUGUUUUAUUUAUUUAUUUCAAGUUUCAACAUUUUUUUAUAAUUUUGAGUUUUUAAUAAUAUUGAAAAAUGAGUUAUAGUUUGUAAAUAUUACAUGUACCUAAAAAGAUUGCAGCCACGAUGUAAUGAAACCAUUAAAAUACUAAACGUACACACCUCAAAUAUAUUGUCRUUGGAAAGUGGAAACACUAAAUCCAUGAAAAUAUUAAUUACUAAAAACUGUUUGUUAGACAAUGGGAAACAAAGAAAUUAGUAUAAUUUAGUAGCUAUUCUGYGGUAUUUUUGUUUCAUGGAUUUAAUGCAAUUCACUCUUAGACUACUGUAUGAAAUUAAUAAUAAUAAUAAUAAUGUCAACUUAUUUACUGAUAUGGUUUGACUGCUACUAAGAUAUCAUUCUAUGGCAAUGGAAAUAUUGUAUUUUAAUAUCCAUCUCUCUAUAUGUAACCCUUACUCACUAUUUUACAACUUAAAUUUGGGUUUAUUCUAUCUUAAUGGAUGAGAUUUGAUUCAACAUCCAAAAAUUAGAGUACUGUUAUGCUGUAAUCAUUUCUUAAAGGGCUAUGACUAACCAGCAUUAAAUGCAGUGUAAUGAUUGACUUUUCAUAUGUGGAAAAACAAUAAAAAACAUGAAUAUGUUGGUGUAAA